UAUAAAUGGUAUCCCAAGAAUUGUGAAUGUGCCUGGAUUUCGAAGCGACGAGGAGAACCACUAAGACCAAACAAGAUCUGCUAGUUUACUACCAGAACGCAAGGGGACUUAGAACUAAACUUAAAGAUUUUUUCACUAUAACAGCAAGUUGGCAGUGUGAUGUACUAUGUAUUUCGGAGUCUUGGUUGCAUCCGUCUAUUUUGGAUGGCGAAAUUGUUGAACAAUUAACAAUAAGCAACAAUCACCUGGAGCAAGUAUUCGUUAAAGUUAAAGGCCACGGUGGUGGUGAUAUCAUCAUAGGGUGUGUUUAUAUUCCACCAAAAUCACGUUCUGAUGUAUACUCCAGUCAUAUAGCUACCAUUUCUUAUCUUAGAAAUAAAUAUCCAAACAGCAGUCUUAUGAUAAUCGGUGAUUAUAAUCUUAAUAGUAGUCUACCACAAGUUGAGUGUGAGUCAAUAUUGUAUGAAAAAUUUCUUCUCUCUGGAUGCCUCCAGCAAAACAAUACCUACAAUGAGCACGGACGAAUGUUGGAUCUAUGCUUCAGCGAUUUAAACCUCUUGAUUAACAAGGCGGAUCCCAUUAUCCAGGAGGAUGCAUAUCACCCCGCGCUGGUGGUGCAACAUAAAUUCCGUGCAAAUCUGAAGCAAAAUGACGUUCCUACUUAUGUAUUUAAAAAGGCAGACUAUGCAGCGUUGAAUAGCUUCUUCCUGGGCGCAAACUGGAUAGACUUAUAUAAGCUGGAAAAUAUCGAUGACAAAUUGAGCUGGUUUUAUGAGAUUGUGUACUCGGGCAUUGCUCAAUUUGUCCCAAUAUUUGUUAAGAAGAAUAAUGAAUACCCUUGUUGGUUUUCAAAAAAGUUGAUUUACAAAAUUAAGCAAAAGAAAAUUGCACAUCAAAGGUAUAAGAAGCUAAAAACCCAAGCAAACUAUGCCGUAUUUAGUAGUUUAAGGUCCGAGUGUAAAGAGCUGAGUACAUCAUGCUACGAGAGUUACCUAGGAAAAGUAGAGAACGAUUUGAAAUGUGAUCCUAAUAGAUUCUGGAGUUUUGUAAAAAAUAAAAGGCGCAACGAAAUUACUGCAUGUAAUGGCGCGGAAAUAAGUAACCUCUUCGCGUCAUUCUUCAGAAGCGUAUACAAAGAACCUGAGGGUGUUACACACCAAGAAUGUGAUCAUCCAGAUGUCGACAUGGUGGAAUUUGAAGUAUGCUUCAAUGAUGUAUUUCGUCAGCUAACUCUUUUAAAUAUCAACAAAGGCGCUGGACCUGAUCAUAUACCAAACAUCUUUUUGAGAAACUGUGCUGUGAGCCAAUCACACAUAUCUUCAGCAAAUCGCUUCAAACAGGUAAUUUUCCCUCGACGUGGAAGUUAUCAUACAUAA